GGAAGAGGACCUUUUAAUUUGUUAUAUUUUGGAAUUCACAUCACAAUAAUGGAUAUUUAAUUUUAAAAUCAAGAAACUUAAAAGGUUUUAUGAAUGUUAUUUAAUAAUCAGUUUGGUAGAGGGAUAAAUGGUUAGUUUUUUGAGCGAAUGUGUAAUUUAUUCACUUUUGUUCACAUCUCGAUUAUUUAUUAUUGGUUAUAUAGUUCGUUCAUGUCUGGGUCAUGUUAGAAGGGCAGUUCUUAAAGACAAUACAGGGAAGGGGCGGGAUGUACGUUAGUUCAAACUAGCUUGUUUUAUGUAUUAAAUGUAGCCAGUUGCUUAUUUUUACGAUGGACUUUUUCACGGGUGGGUCGGUCGCUGAUAAUACUGUUAACUCGUUAAAUCGUUUAAGCAAAUCUCGAAUAGAGCAACUGACUUGGCUAGCUGUGUCGGUGAAAGACGUAAUUUGUCUGAGGCUUGUGAGGCCUAGGCAAGAAAAAAAAACGAGGGUCCGUCCGUAAAAAUACGCAUUUCUAGUGAAGUUAGGGCUAGUUGUUGUUCUUCCCUAAUUCAGACAGGAUUCGUUGGCUACAUCGCUUGCUUCAUUGCAUGCUUUGCUUCAAUUUAUAUUUUUGUUUGGCGAGGAAAGUGUGUCAUUCUCUGAUUGGUGUACUUUUUGUCGUGACGUUACAGCUAAUUUUACCCACCCUACAAGUAAACCAGUUAGCUUUAUUGGAAGAAGGUUAGCGCCAGUGAGUUUUUAAAAUUUAAAAUGUCUGGUGUGUGUUGGCUACGUUUAUCAAGGGUAGCAAGAUAGCUGGCAGUGCGUUCGUUGGGCGUUGAGAUUGAAUACUCAAGAUUGUAACGUUAUUACAGUAUUUAGAAGCUCGUUUUUGAGGGCAUAAUUUAGCUAAGUGUCUAAAUAUGCAUAAAAUGUAUCCGCAAAGAAUACGCCAUUUUAACUGAUGUGAUAUAAAUAGUGUUGCUGUUGGCGUCGGACAAUAUCGGAACGGGCAAGAAAGUUGACUCCGCAUAUGAGCGGCUGCACCAGCCAAUGACAUUUCCAGAACUUGUGCCCGCGCCAGGACCUCUAGGCCAAUCAGGACUUUAUUCUUGCAUAAUGACGUAACUUUGCUCGAAGAAAGAUCGUGGGCUUGAACUGAAAUGGGAGCGUCCCGUUUAGCAAAAAAAGACAUUCACUUUGGUCUUCUGUCAUAGGUGCAAUGAUGUUAUUGGCUCUUGACAACAUGUUUUUUUUGUUGGACAGACAACAGUAGUAUACCUAUGAUGAGUAAAAGGAAUUACCUAAGAGUGGCGUCAUACAAAGAGAGGUGUGGUUAGCUUGAUAGACUGUCUUGGUGUCCUAUGAAAAGUGGGGUCGGAAACACGUGAAGGGAAUUGCGUGUCUGAAAUUGUGCAGCUUAAAAAGAGUUGGGCGGAUAUAGAGCGGCGCCAUUUCACAGACGGGCUGAUCUAGAGGAAGAGUACAGGAACUGGCGGAGAGGGAAGGGAUACAGGGACUCGAAAAAGACUUUUAACAGAAUCCGGAUCCAUCCUUAUGGAGACGGCCAUAAACCCGCACCUUGACAGCAGCUGUCUGGGCGGGGGCGUGGGUGUGCCAGCUGGGAUGGACCAGGCCGCGUCCGGCCCAGGCAAGCGGAUUCGCAAGCCAUCACUGCUCUUCGAGGGGUUCGAGAGCCCGGCGCUGCCCCAUGCUGCACCCUCGGGGCCUCCCCCGCCGCCCCAGCCUCCAGUGAAGGACCCCAGUCGGCAGGGGCGGCUGACUAACCAGCUGCAAUUCUUGCAGAAGGCCAUGAACAAGGCCCUGUGGCGCCACCACUUCGCCUGGCCCUUCCACGAGCCCGUGGACGCUGUCAGGCUCAACCUGCCAGAUUAUCAUAAGAUCAUCAAGCAGCCAAUGGACAUGGGCACCAUCAAGAAACGGCUGGAGAACAACUACUACCGCAGCGCCAGCGAGUGCAUGCAGGACUUCAACACCAUGUUCACCAACUGCUACAUCUACAACAAGCCCACAGAUGACAUCGUGCUGAUGGCUCAGUCCCUGGAGAAGGUCUUUCUGCAGAAGGUGGCUCAGAUGCCCCAGGAGGAGAUCGAGUUGCCCCCACCUGCCCCGCGGGGAAAACCGGGCAAGCCGGCAAAAGGCCGUAAGGCAAAUGUGUCAGGGGGUAUAACAACCGCUCACCAAGUCCCAGCGGUGUCCCAAUCGGUGUACUCCCCUCCCACCCCUGAGACGCCGGAUUCGCUGCUCUCCACCCCUCCACAGACCCUGCUGGCCAAGAGCCUACCCUCCACCAACAUCAACGCCCCCACUCUGCUGGGGUUACCCCCAACACAGCCAACCGCCAAGAAAAAGGGGGUGAAGCGCAAGGCGGACACCACCACGCCCACCACCAUGGCCUUCCCGCUGACCCCGGGCGUCCGGAUGGGCGUGGGCGGCGGGGGCGACUCUCCGCUGACCCUCUCGUCCCUCGGGGUGGAGCCCAAGCCCGGGCUGGGCCUGGUGAGGGGCGGGGCGGGGGGCGCGGUCCUCCUGCAGCCCCUGCUGCCGGGGAAGGUGGCGGCGCGGCGGCGCGAGGGCGGCCGGCCCAUCAAGCCGCCGCGGAAGGACCUGCCCGACUCGCAGCAGCACCAGCCGUCGCGGCGGGGCAAGCUGAGCCAGCAGCUGCGCUACUGCAGCGGCGUGCUGAAGGAGCUGCUCUCCAAGAAGCACGCCGCCUACGCCUGGCCCUUCUACAAGCCCGUGGACGCCUCCGCCCUGGGCCUGCACGACUACCACGACAUCAUCAAGCACCCCAUGGACCUCAGCACCAUCAAGAGGAAAAUGGACAGUCGGGAGUACAGGGACUCACAGCAGUUUGCUGCUGACGUCAGGCUCAUGUUCUCCAACUGCUACAAGUACAACCCGCCAGACCAUGAUGUGGUGGCCAUGGCCCGCAAGCUGCAGGAUGUGUUUGAGUUCCGCUUUGCCAAGAUGCCGGAUGAGCCUGUAGAGGAGGCCCCUCCCAUGUCGUUGGGGGGUGGGAUGGGCAUGUCGGAGGUGCACUCCUCCUCCUCCUCUUCAUCCUCCUCCUCUUCCUCGGAGAGCGAGCCCAGCAGCGAGAGCGAGAGCGAGUCGGAGAGCAGCCCCAGCUCGGACAGCGAGGAGGAGCGGGCGCACCGGCUGGCGGAGCUGCAGGACCAGGUGUGUACACAGCUGAGGGCAGUGCAUGAGCAGCUAGCUGCCCUGUCUCAGGGCCCCAUCUCCAAACCCAAGAGGAGGAAGGAGAAGAAGGAGAAGAAGAAGAGACGGAAGCCGGAGAAACACAAGGGUGGUGGCCGUCGGGUGGCAAGCGACUACGGGGAGAGGCCGGCCAAGAUCCCCAAGACCAAGUCCAGCCGGGCCGCCCCCACGUCCACGCAGGGCAAGAAAGGGGCUGGCAAGAAGAGCAGCAAGAACAACAAGUCCCAGAAGAAGUCGCAGUCGUCGGCGCCGGCAGCGCCGCGCUUCAUCCCCGUGGCGCCCUCCUCCCUGCCCCCGCACUACGACUCGGAGGAGGAGGAGGAGGGGCGGCCCAUGUCGUACGACGAGAAGCGGCAGCUGAGCCUGGACAUCAACAAGCUGCCGGGCGAGAAGCUGGGCCGCGUGGUGCACAUCAUCCAGUCCCGCGAGCCCUCGCUGCGCGACUCCAACCCCGAGGAGAUCGAGAUCGACUUCGAGACGCUCAAGCCGUCCACGCUGCGCGAGCUGGAGCGCUACGUCAUGACCUGCCUGCGGAAGAAGCCCCGCAAGCCGUACGUGGUGAAGAAGGCAGGCAGUGGGAAGUCCCGGGAGGAGCUGGCCCUGGAGAAGAAGAGAGAGCUGGAGAGAAGGCUGCAGGACGUCAGUGGACAGCUCAACUCGGCCAAAAAACCUCAGAAGACCAAGGUGGAGAAGCCCAGCGGAGUGGAACCCCACGCUGUUGUAUCCCGCCUCAGCGCCAGCAGCUCCAGCUCGGACUCUUCCUCCUCCUCCUCUUCUUCAUCAUCCUCAGACACCAGCGACUCAGACUCUGGGUGAAGACUCGGCUAUGGAGGGGCCCCAGGGGAGAGAGAUGGAAGGACGGAGAGCUGUCCACACACUCAGUGACAGGGCCACAUCCCCAGC